AUGCUCUUCGCGAGAGACGCUCCUGAGGGGGAACGGGCAGGGUUGGCCGGCGGUGAGUAGGCAUAAGUUGGUAGACCCCGUUGAAACUCCUCGGAGCGGGCCGGGGAGAGGGCCUUGCUUCAAGCUGGGCCGGGUCCUGAGCCCGCCUCGAAGCCGGGGAGCCAAGAGACCUCGGGGGGGGGGCGGGGGGUAGGGCGGCGCGUGACCCUGACUUUGAGGAGGGGUUUUUUGGGGCGGCGGGAUAAGCUCCCCCCUCCAAUUCCCUCGAAAUAUGGGCCCCUCCAUUUUCACUCACAUUUGGGGGGGGCAUUGUCCCCACCCCCGUCGUUUCAGGGCACCCCCCCCGUCUCCCCCCAAUAUCGUGUAAAUGCUCAACUAGACUCUUAAUCCCAUUCUCCCCCCCCCCAAUCCCGGUGUGGGCGCCUUUUUGUUGUUGUUGCUUUGUCACGCUACAGGUGUUAAAUGGGCACAGCAUAGCUGGAGAAUGCCGUUGUCACACACAGACACAUACCCACACCCCGAAACUGCAACAAAACACAUCCUUGUUGAAUAAUCUUAAGGACUCGGAUUCAUCAGAUGCAGAAAAGUGUUAUCAUUUUGUCAGGCAUGUUCAUAUGGGUUCCGGCAAAACAUUGGCUCUGUUGGUAUGGGCUAUUUCGUUAUCCUUGUUUGUAUAAAUUUGGGCUUUAGCAGGCCAGCUAUUGCUACUUAACAUUUUAAGGCCUCCUGCUGCCUGGACUUAACUUUUUAAAAUACCUCCCACAAUUGUAUAUGAGUGUGUGUGUGUGUGUGUGUGUUAUCUGGCAAGAAAAGAUCUUUGUGGCAUCUGAAAGCCUACUGCGGUCCACAAUGCUUAUGCGACAAUAAACCUGUUUUUAAGAUUCCAUAGAUCUCUUUUGCUCCAUUCUGAAGGAUCAUGCUUCUUUCAUUGUUCCCUGCUUCACGUUAUGCAUUACUAGAAAUGCCUGGUAACCUUUAGGAAUCUUAUAAUUUGAAAACCGUGGAUUAAGGCUGAAAUUCACUUCACUUUCUGCAUCUUUCUAAUAACAGAAGGCAGGGGUAUUUUGAAAUAAAGGCUGUUCAUCAUACUGUAUGGCAUUGGCUUUCAAACUAUUGUGCAGAUUGUUGAGUUAUUUACAAGUUUAUCAGGGUUUUCUCAAUGGGAAAAUGAGUAAUGGCAACCAGGGUUCCUUAAGUUUCUGCAAAGCAGGCUCUAGUCUUUUCCUGCAAGUAGAUCCACUGCCAGUGGGCUGCAGAAGGUGGGAAGGUUUUGCUCUUCCAUGCAAUGAAAUUUUAUCUCCCUCAUGAUUUGUAGCUGCAAGAGAGUAUCAUGUACAGUAUUCUCUAUUCAGAAAGAGCAAUAAUGAACACCUUGCUUCUGUGUGUGUGCACUCUGAAAUGUGUUGUGCAACUCCAGGAUCUUUUGGAUGAGUUUGAUCUCAGGUCUGAUUUAAGUUCUAAAAUUUCAUUCCCCUGACAGGGGGACCCAGUUUAUUUCCCCAGACCUUUCAGUGGGUUUUCAUACCAUCAACUGUGGUAUCUUUUUGAUUUAUUGUCUGGGUUCGGGACACUGUUUUACAGCGGUUCUGUUCCCACUUAAAAAACUGUAGUUUAAAUACAUUAUUGUCUUACAAUAUGCUAUAUAAACAGCUCAAAGAAAGUCGCCCUAGCAUAUAAAAUAGCUGCAUUUCUUGUUACUGUGUAGUCACAUCUACAUACACGUGCAAAGAAACACGAUGCCUCUAGUAUCCCUUUUCGAGAUUAAACUUGCAGAAAUUCUCUCACUGUAGUCCUAGUCACACUUAUCUGGAAACAAGUCCAACUGAACAUAGUGACAUAGUGGGGCUGACUACUGCAUUUUAUUAGUACAGUGGUACCUCGGGUUACAUACGCUUCAGGUUAGAGACUCCGCUAACCCAGAAAUAGUACCUCGGGUUAAGAACUUUGCUUCAGGAUGAGAACAGAAAUCGUGCAGUGGUGGCGCAGCGGUAGCAGGAGGCCCCAUUAGCUAAAGUGGUGCUUCAGGUUAAGAACAGUUUCAGGUUAAGAACAGCCCUCCAGAAUGAAUUAAGUUCUUAACCCAAAGUACCACUGUACUGGUUUUGUGGUUUUUGAAGGGACCCUGGAGAAACAUUUUUUUUUGAAGGGUUGUGGGAAAUCAGGUACUGUAUUUAUCAGGGUGUAAUUCAUUUCAAAUCCAUCUUAAACUAUAACUAGUAUUUCAAGUUGAGCAUUUUCUGAAGGCAUUAUUGACAAAUUACAGUAUCUUGAAUUCAGAAUUUAAAAAUUAAAGAAGUCUACCUGUAUUUAUUAUUACAGUACCAACUAGCUGCCUCUGUCCUCAUCUGACAUGUUGCUUAGCACACCCAUGCAAACUAGCUACAGUAUAGGCAUGAAUGGAAUCUCGUAUUCAAUAAUAUCCUUGACACAUAGGGAAAAAAUUCCGUUAGUUUUGGGUGACCUCAUAGUCUCGCUAGAUAUGCACCAAUUAAAUCAGUAUAUCUUCUCUGUAAUGUAAGUAAUAUAUAAUAUCACAUCUAAAAUACUGUAAAUAUUUAUGCAGUGCAAUUUGAUGUGGUUCAUUACAGGCCCAUGAAGAGCAGGGGGCAGAUGGGUGCACUUGUCUUGGGCCUUGGUGGGCUAAGCUGGCCAGGGGCCCUCACCAAGGGCCUACUGGACUUAUGCUGUCAUGCAAAGAACACCCUGAGCCUCCCAGCUGACUGGGGACUCUUGCUUCAGUCAAGCUCUGGAUUGGCCUGGUUCAUAAUGCCUGUCCAUGGACUGAAGCAUAGUUUGAAUGUCUAGAGAUCUUUGCCAUUGUAAUUUAGGAGUAGAUUCUAUUUUGCCAGUUUCCAUCAAACAUUAUACACCUUGUAUAAAAAGUCUUUUUGGUCAGGAGAGGUCCCCAUGAAAACUUCAGAAAGUUAGAUUCCUUCUAUGUAUAAAAACAACAGCCAUCUUCCAUUGAAUGCAGCUUCAAAUUUCAUGAAUUUAAACAGGGGAAAUGGUACAUUAGACAACUUUUGUAUUAUUUAGGCAAAGAGAAAAUGUUCCCCUGAGCUGUAUUUUAUUCUUAGUUAAAAUGUACUGAUUGCCUUUAUACAAUAAAAAGCAUGCAGAGGGUGAGCAAUUUAGUCUCAUCUGUUCCAACUAUCUACAGAAACCUAUCCUCUUUUUUAAAAAAUACUUGCUAGGAUAGCAGCUCAAUCGUAUCUCUUAAUAUUCAAUAAGGACAAGACUUCUGCUGGGCUUGAGAGAGGUUUGGCAAAGAGUCCUCUGCUCCCUGGAAAAUGCGGAUGAUGGUGGCUGCUGCAGGAGUUUUGCCAAGUGCUUCGCUUCUCUUAGUGCUGGGCUGAGCACCAUCAUCCACUGCUGCUGUGAGCCACCACUGUCCAGUGCUGCCUGCCUCACUGUCUGUCUCCCAUAGGGUUGCUAGGACUGUGAUGGGGCAGACUGUGAUGAUGGGAAGAGAAACUUCACAGCAACUUCUACCUUGGUUUCCCCAGAAUGCCUGUGGGCACAUGUGGGAGAGUAUCUUUGUAACAGAGUUAAAAGGAAAGAGAAAUCUGGGGCACACAUAAAAUGGCAUGUAAGAGACAAGUGACAAAUAAGAUCAAGAUACAGAAUUUAGAAGGAAGUUAAAUGACUCGCGUGUGAAGAGUUUUGAUUUACCAGUGUCAAAACAUUUUCAUAAAGCUGCUGAAUAAACUGUUAGACAGUAAAACGUCAUUCUUCAGUACAGUACAGUCCUAGUAUGAAAGGAGCUCUGAUGUAGGCGGAUUCAGCUCUGCUUGAGAUUAUGUCUGCUCCCUCCCACAGGUUCAACAAAGGAAGAGGUGUUGUGGCACCCUGUUGCAUUGCAAGUUAUGUUGCUUUCACACUAGCUUUUUUUCCUGGAAUGUUUCCUAAUACCAGCUGGAGUUGCUGAAUCAGGUUCCUCUUUUGAGUUUGGCUGCAGGAAAGCGAGUUGCUUUUCCUCAGCAAUCUUUCCCAAGACACUGUUUUCUGAGGAAGGACAGCAGAACAGCUCCAACUCCUGCUGUAUCACAAAGUGGGCUCCACUCUUCUUGCAAGUCAGACCACUGCCAUGGGGCUGGAAGAAGGUGGGAGGGUUUUGCUCUUCCUUACAAUGAAGCCUCCUCCUUCGUGACAGGUUCCCCAUCAGCUUGCUGUAAGAUGGAGCAUGUUAGAAUGCUUUCUUAUCGGCCCGUUUACUAGUUAAUUCCUGUGCUGCUGUUUGCAGGUGCGAAAUCCAUGCAACCAACAGGACAGGAAGUCAUAAGGCUAAGCAGGGGCAAUCUUGAGAAAGAUUGUUGCUUCCCCAUCCUUCUUGGAAGUUAACCAGUGGGCACACACAAGUAGGAACAGUGUGCUAAUGACAGCACUGCCAGAUCAUCCAACCCUGUACAGUUUUUCUGAUAUACAGGAGAAAUCAUGUGGGUGAAUUAUUAAUUACUGUGUUCCACUGAACAACCAACUGCUGUCUUGGAACCUAACUUUGCCAUUUACUAUGUGUAAGCAUGCACCUGACAUAAAAAGCUACAUCAAUUUGUAUUGGCACAAAACUGGCCUGAUUCGUGUAAUCAGAGAUUAUACACAUCAGGGAUGUAAAGAGCUUUUUAAAUGGACAAGAGUUGUUGUUUUUCUUUCAGUCUUCAUGGAUACUAGGGACUCAAAUCCGUUAACACAGUGGGACUUUUUUCUGAACAAAUAUACAUAGGAUUGUGCUGCAUGACUGACAGUGGAUCACAAAUAACUAGGUAUGGUUGAGCAGGCAGGCUUAUUCUUUUUUGAAAGCCUGUUGUAUCCGUUUAAAAGGAGGAAAAUCAACAUGUUCUUACAUACUUGAAAUCCAGGAUGUGAUUAAUGAGGGAAUAAGAAGACUGCUUGUGGCUUCUGUGUUAACAGCAGCUGAGGAUGCUUUCUGCUGGAAUAUAAUUUUGAAUAGCUACAUUAAAGCUUGUUUCUUAGUUAUUUCAGUGCAGCAGGAUUAAUUACUAAAACUAAAGUCUGAAUACUAUUUUGGAAGACUUUAAGUUUGCAACUAAAAAUGUUAUUCAGGAGAUGCAGUGAUGAUAGCUCUGUAGUACUGUAUUCUUGCUGGGCUGAUAAUGAGUUCUUUAACAGGGCUACAUAUUCUGCCUGCCCAAGACAGUCUGAUUUGCUAGUAGAUAAUGUAUUCUUCACUGUAGCAGAAUUACAUGAACAUAAAAUCUGGAUGCUGGUUUUAAUUGGCCUAAUCAUAUGGAGUAUGUUGUUGUAUUAGGGCAGAACAUGUGUCUGAUGCCCACCUAUGCAGCCCUAGUUUUGGGAAGUUUUGAAAAUGUCAUCAAUAUUCAAACUAUAAUUCCCUGCAAACGCACAAAAGGGAGGGCACUUUCUCUUUUAGAAUACAGCUACAUGGUUCCAUUGUUAAAGGUUUUAGUCUCCUGUUCUGAAGAAUGAUUAUGGCUGCUGUUCUGUAAUCAAGGAUUAGAGUCCUAAAAAUAAACCAAAACAAAGCUCUUAAAAUUUUGCAGGUACUACACUCCUUUUGUUGGAUCAGUAAAUCAGUGAAAAGAGAAUUGCUAUGGGCAUCAUGGGUAUAAUAAAGUGAUUGCUUUCAGUAUUGUUAGUACAGAAAAUGUAUGCAUAAUUUAAUUUUUAGAUUUUAAUUUUUUUACUUUAUGUAUCCUCAAAAGAUCAGAUAGGCAGGGCUUUUUUUUUAGCAGGAGCUCGGGCAAACUCAGUUCCUGCACUUCUCAGGUGGAUGCCGUUGCCGUUCUAAGAGAACGAGGGAGACGUUCAUGGUGAGUUCCGGCACCACUUUUUAUAGAAAAAUAGCACUGGAGAUAGGUAAUAACAGUUUGUCUCCAGAAUCUUCUGAUUAUCCCUUAAAAUUAAAUGCUCAUGCAAAUAAGAUUUCUCGCCUUGUUUCUGAAACACUGUAAUAUGGUCCCUAGCAUAAACCCUUGUAGCAAAGUCAAAACUGAAUUAGGCAAACAUACACUGUAGCUAAUUGUAGGAUCAGAGUGGGAAGGGACCUCAGAAGUCAUGUGGUCUAUCUCCUACCCUGACAAUGUAGUAAAUGUGCUCCUGCAGCAUCCUUGAAAGGUGGCCAUCCAGCCUUUGCUUAAAAAUGUCUAACAAAGGAAAGUCCACCAUAUUCCAAUACACUACAGCAUAUUUCCUUGCUGUAGGAAGAUCAAACAACAAGGGUGCCAACUUGAAUAAAAUGUUCAAGGAGGGGCAGGUAAGCCCCACCCUCAUAAUCGAUCACAUGAUGUGGUGCAUGCACACCGUUUGAAGGGCAAUGACCAUCAACUUUGGGGCCCCCCUCAAAUAUUUUAGGGGGGCGAAGGGAUCUUGGCCCCUAGGAGUUGGCUCCUAUGUCAAACGGCUUGUACAAUAAGGAAGUUCUUCUUAAUGCUUAGUCUAAAUAACUUUCUUUCUUGUAUCAGGAGCCAUUUCGGUUAUUCAUCAGGAAAGCUUGCGCAGAUGAAAGGGAUAAAAUGAACAAAUUGAUUUGCUUUUAAACAUAUAUAUAUAUAUAGAGAGAGAGAGAGAAAGACAGUACAGUUAGUUUAAGCAAGGAGUAUGCCACUUAUUGGGGCCUGAAUUAUUUAGUUUAGAUGGAAAACAGUUUGACAGAAACAGUAAUUCAAUAAGCCGAUUCAUGAAGCCAGUGUAGUAACCCCCCCUUCAUUACUUCCAUCAAAGUUCAAGUAAGGCAAAGGUCAGACCAGUUAAUACAGUUGAAACCGAGAAUUCUAAUGCUCACUCAGGAACAAGAUCAGUACACUCAAAUGAGAGUGAAAAGUGUAGAGUUGUUCAGGUACAUACUUCAGGUUCUCCUUUUAGCUGUUGGUACAAUCUUAUCCAUUAGGCUCUUCGGACUGUCAAGCAAGGCUUCAUAGAAAGCCAGGAAUCUGAGUCAAUAUUGUUGUGCUGUGCUUCCUUUUGUGAUGUCCUAAGUGCACGUGCUGAUAACCAUGCUUGGUGUGAUUGCUGAGAUGCUACCACAGCUAAGAUUGAGGUUUUUAUCUAGGAAAACUAGGAAACUCCUCCCUCUGUCUGUGCCUUGUUAAGGAGCUAUGGUGUUACUUGGACCUGCAUGUGGUUGGUGAAGACAACCAAAAGAGCAUACUUCUCCCUCUGCAUUCGCCAUGUCCUCAAGUCAGUUUCUGAACACCUCUAUUGUCCUUACUCUAGAAGUGAAGUGGUGUACAUCUUUUCAGUUGUGGCACUGCAACUCUGAGAGAGGUCCAACUGGUCUCCUCUAGGUGAGCAGUGAAAUCUUGUUUAUUUAGCAAGGCUUGUGUGAUGACUUGAUACUGCUUGACUGGUCGAUUUAGAUGUAGUUUUAAGCGUAGAUUUCUGUGUAGCAAUCUCUCUGUUGCUUCCCCCUGACUUUGUAGAUUAUUAUGGUUUAUUGUUGUUUUAAUCUUGUAUAAACUUUGUUGGUAGUGGAGGUCCUUGAAUCCUAAAUUUGUUGUAUUAAAUGGUCAAAUAACUAAAUAAUGAACUGCUGUUGGUUGAUCAUAUAUGUGGGGCUGUCUCAUCUUGGUUGUGACCUGGGUGAGCAAAGUAUAUAUAAGGAAAUAGUCUCAAGGCACAUGGUGCAGUAAUUUUGCUAAAACUAACAUUUCUAGGUUUCAUCAUGUGGAUGGUAGCCUCAAAUGUUCUGUGCGCUGCUUUUAAUUUCCAUGAAAGAAAUAUGGUAAAUAAAUGUAAUAAUUAUGAAAACAAAUUCCCAUUCCCUCCUCUGUUCCCAUUACAUUUUUGUAUUACAUGAGAAUGAUAGCAUACCUCACACAAUCCAUUGGAUCUUUGAUUAUAUUUUGUCUGGGGGGGGGAGAGUUCUUUCGGACUUGAAAGUACCCAAUUUUUCCAGCAAAAGUAAUGGCUAUGAUGACACUAUUAGCAAUGAAAAUCUUGAUGGUCUCCGUAGCUUCUGUUGAGACUACCAAUUCAUUUCUCACAGCUGUUGAACAAUCUUUUUUCUUGAAUUAUGAGCUAUCUUAAGUUAAACCAGUGCCUUGCCGUUGAAAAGUAGUGUAUCCUGUUACCAAUCCCUUGAGCCACCCAGAUGCCUCUUUAUCCCAAAUCUUACUUGAUCUCUGCUCCAGACUCUACCAUGUCCAUUUAACAACACAUUAAGACUGCCUGCUCUUGAUGUGAGUAAACGGUUGGUUAAAUAUAGAAACAGUUUCUUAUUUAGUGAAGAUUUCCAUGACAAAUCCUUGUGGCUCACCAUAUAAACACAACCAUAUGGCCAAGUCCAGUAUUAUCUUAAAACGAUUAGCUUGGAGCUUAAUACUGUCAUUAACUGAAAAAUACACACAUUUUUUUAUUUGUAUUCCACCUUUCCAUAGUUCUAACCAUGCUCAAGGCAGCUUACAACAUGAAGACAAUUGCAUAAUUACAAACAUAACCAAAAGGAGCCUUAAAUAAUAAAUAAAACAUCAAAAAGUACAUAACAAAAUGGAACAAUUUCCACAUAAAUCAUAAGAACUAAAAUAAAGAUACAAAUGAUUAAUAUCAAUACCAGCAUCAACCCUCAAGCGAACCCCCUAAACAGUAUUCCGGGCCAAGAUUGAAUUCACAGCUUUUGCGACUGGCUUGUGUCAAGCUAUUGAUAAUUAUAUGUAAAAAAAGUUGCCGUAAGCAUAAAUAAAAGAACAUUAUCACACAUUCAUUAAUUUCUUGAUCUCAUGAGAUCUUAUUGAUUGUUGUUUUAUUUAGUGUUCAUUGAUGAUGUUUAAUGGAACCUAACUGGAGCUUUUUUGUUUUUGUUUUUAAAAAAAGGAAAGAAAACUAUAGGAUAACAUCAUUCCCACAUUGAUUUUGAAAAGUACUUCAAGCAAAGCAGUUCACACAAAUGCAUACUUACUAACCCCUCAAUUAUACCUGUUUUGUUUAUUUUUAAAUAGUUUCUGGGAUGGACAGAUUUCGUUGUGGCCAAUUUCAUACCAAUUUGCUUGGCACCAUUCUAUCUGUCAUUGAAACUGAUUGUUACCCCUUCAUUUGUAUAAAUGUAUUAUAAUAUGGAUUGUUUUUCUUUUCUAUAUUAGCAAGUGAGAGCAAGUAUGAUUUAGUGGUUGGGUGCUUGACUAGGACCUGAGAGACUCAGCCAUGAAGAUCGCUGGGGGCCUUGUGCCAGUCUGUCAGCCUAACCUACCACAGGGGUGUUGUGAGGAUAAUAUGAAGAGGAAAGAAAUAUGUACACCACCUUGAGAUCCUUGGAGGAAAAGUGGGAUCUAAACACAAUAACCCACCUUUUUAUCAUUACAGCAAGCUAGCAACUUGCUCAAAUUUAUAUUGAACUGUUUGCUCCAGUGUGUAACACUUUACAUUUACUUAAGAUGGAUCUCAUUUGCCUAUUUGUUACGCAGGUUGUCCUUUUUGGAGCUGUUCACAAUUUGUGUUUUCACCAUCCUAAUAUAAGUAAUCCAGGGCGAUCUGCAAACUGGACUUCCUUUCAGCUUAGCAUUUACACAGAUCAUUUAUUAUUAAGUUAAAUCAUAUGUUUGUCCUCACUAUUUUUAUGAUAUUCAAAUAUCUGUUUUGGUCCAUUGUGUCUUUGCUGUAAGAGUUUUCAAUUUCACUGUUUAGUUAAAUCCAGAGACUUUUUUUUCCAUGGAGAAAGUCUAUUAGGUAUAUGCAUGUCAACAGUACAGACUGGACAGUGUUCCAAACUCCCAUUGUUCUAGGUGCAUUUUGUGACGGGGAAUUUCAUUAGUGUGAGCAAUUUCUGAGCUCUGGGUGCAGUAUUGCACCUAAGAUUUCAGAUUAAACUGCAGAAUGGAAAGUAAAGAACCUUUUUCUGCCUCUCCCCUUCUAGCUACUCUCUGAAGACUGGAGAAGAGCAGGAGAAGGCAGGAGAAGGAAUAGACCAUGUGAAAAUUGAACAUAAUAUUUUAGCUGCAGUUUGUUCAUUUUCAGCUUUGUAUUAUUAUUAUUAUUAUUAUUAUUAUUAUUAUUAUAAAAAAGCACACCUAGACAUUCCGCUGUUGCGCCCAUAACCUAGGUUUAAGGUGCCAUUUAGCUCCUAUCUUUCAUAUCUCAGUUUCUAACACUGAAGUUGGAGAAUCUUUUCAAGCAAUUCUAAGACAACAUUUGACUGAAAUUUGUAAAAUUUAAUAGACACUAUUGGUUAGAUUAAUGCUUGUACUCUUUGGAAUUGCAACUUCUUCUUUUGUUUAGCCAGGUUUCUCUUCCCCAGUUUUCUCUGCAUGCUGCCCAGUUGAGCCUUUCUGUUUAUUGAUGUGUUUCAACUCAAGAGAGGUAUUUCCCAAGCAGUAGUGGCUGUGGUGAUGUGCUACAAACUCAUCUAUUUUGCAGCGCUAUGAAAGGCUCCAUGUUUCUGUUGCUGUCAGCUGACUAGAGCCAAGGCCCUUUGUUUUUCCAUUGUUUUUUCUACCAAGUGGGAUGUUGAUGGAAUUGAUUGAAAUGUAUUGAAGUGUUUAGUGCUGAUUGUGGUUGGGAAGUCAGCUCUGAAAGGAAACUCAUUGUUCUGAAUGAUGUGUCCUGCGGUUUAAUAUUUAGCUGUCAAAAUAAAGAUUUCUCUCCAGGGCCAAGCUAAAAAAAAUAAAAAGUAGAACUGCUAAUUUAGCAUAUGCUUACAGGGUAUAGUAAUAAAGAGGAACAGGAAUUAUUUAUUUUGUCCUCUUUUGAUGUAUUUUAGAAUAAAUAUUUGAUUUUGUAAAAUUGCCCAGUGGGGGGAGGAAAGCCCCCAACAAUGCUACAAUUCUCUCACAAAUUAAUUUCCACCCUUUGCAGAGGCGCUAGCCACAGUACCAGUAUUUGGUACUGGUGGUGAGGGCUGAAAGUAUCCCAGAUACAUGGUUUCCCUUGUACCAAAACCAUUAUUUGUGUUUUUACCUCAUUGCCUUGAUAUUAUUUCCCCAUCCAUGUUUAGAGAGAGCUUAUAAAAAUAAGGGACGUGGGUGGCGCUGUGGGUUAAACCACAGAGCCUAGGACUUGCCGAUCAGAAGGUCGGAGGUUCGAAUCCCCGUGACGGGGUGAGCUCCCGUUGCUCGGUCCCAGCUCCUGCCAACCUAGCAGUUCGAAAGCACGUCAAAGUGCAAGUAGAUAAAUAGGUACUGCUCCGGCGGGAAGGUAAACGGUGUUUCCGUGCACUGCUCUGGUUCGCCAGAAGUGGCUUAGUCAUGCUGGCCACAUGACCCGGAAGCUGUACGCCGGCUCCCACGGCCAGUAAAGUGAGGUGAGUGCCGCAACCCCAGAGUCGGUCACGACUGGACCUAACAGUCAGGGGUCCCCCUAUAAAAAUAAAUCGGAUGACAUUCAAAUAGAAGCAGCCUUAGAAUUGUGUGCGUCUGGUUUUGGGAUGUCAAACUGGAAGCUACUGCUGAGAGGUAGGUCAUAGAAUUUUCCUUAUCAUGGAAAUGUUUGUGAAGGUCUGAUUACACAAGGUUCUUGCGUGUGGGUGCUUUGGGGAGGUGGGUACCUAGAUCAGUAUUACCUCAGUGCUGUCUGCUCACAAGUUCUUACAUGUUCCUUAUCUUGAAGCAGUAGGUCAGCACCUGAUGGGAGAUCUUUUGUUGAAUAGCGUUGACUGUCUUUUUCCCUCCCAAAGAGCUAAAGUCUUUGACUAUUAUUGGGAAAUUUAUUUCUAGGUAAGUGUCAGUCAAGAAAUUCUGCUGGAAGGGUGGGGGGACUCCUUUGCUUAGUGUAAAAUUGGGUUUAGCAAAACUUGAUGGAUUUGGCUGCCAAGAAAUCGGCAGCUAUUUAACUGAGUCUUGCUAUGCAACUUUAAAGAUUUGCUGUGGCUGUGCUGAAUCAAGUUCAAUAGCUCAAUGUGCAAAAUAAUGGCAAUAUUGUUCCAUUCAUAUCAGUAAAGCAAGAGCUGAGAACUUGUGUACUAUCAAAUUGCUGUUUAUUUCAACAUCUGACUUGUGUAGUCAAAACAAAAUUUCAGAAUAGAACAUUAUGCUGGUAAAGAAAGUCAAUUGAUAGAUGAAGUUUUAAGGAUUAAGAUGAAAGUCUGUGUUCAGAAUCAAAGUUAUGACAAAAUAGUUUUGCUUAACUGGUUUAGUGAUCUCAGCCCAAAGCAUCCAGUCAGUUCAGAAUUUAAUGCCUGCAUAUCUGUCAGCAUAUGGAUAACUUGCUCCAAUAACAAAUUGGCUCAAUUCUCCUAAUCUAACAUCUGCAAUGCUCUGACUUACUAAAUUCAUUUUGACAUGGGGGGCAGGGAAGACUAUUGGAAAACUGUGACAAGGACCUCAAGUGUAUUUGAGAGAAUGGAACUAAUCAAAUUUUCUUUUUCAUGUUUGUUUUUCACUUGCUUUAUUAUUGUGCUCAAGAGAAAAUGGCAUAACAUUAAACGGUUGUACGUUAUGAGCGUUUGAGAAAAAGUUGGCCAUGUCUAAGUGUAUUGCUCCUUAUAUUAUGUAGAUGUCCAUUGUGUACAUCCUGGAGGCCUAAGUGGGAGGAGAUACAAAUUAGGAAAAUACAGUGGUACCUCGGGUUAAGUACUUAAUUCGUUCCGGAGGUCCGUACUUAACCUGAAACUGUUCUUAACGUGAAGCACCACUUUAGCUAAUGGGGCCUCCUGUUGCUGCUGCGCCCCCAGAGCACGAUUUCUGUUCUCAUCCUGAAGCAAAGUUCUUAACCUGAGGUACUAUUUCUGGGUUAGCGGAGUCUGUAACCUGAAGUGUAUGUAACCUGAAGCGUAUGUAACCCGAGGUACCACUGUACGUGGAUCGAAGAGGCUUCCUACCCUUGCAGAAAACAAACAAACAGAAGGUUGGCAUAACAGAAGAAACAUAAGAAAACCCUAUAAAUGUCCCAGCUGAGUGGGAAUUUGAACUUGGGUUUCCCUUCUCUUAGUCUAGCCCUCUAACCACAAGUUUCCAUUGCCUCCUUUUAAAUGAUUUUAUGUAGGAAUGUGUUUGUGUGAGUUGAACAAUAAAGCAGAUAGUGUAUAGGAGAAGUACCAACUACCCAGGGCAAAUGUUUUCUUUCAUCUGGAGAAAGCUCACUGCCAUCAUCCAAUAACUUUUUCAUCCAAAACUUUCAUCCAAAUCUUUACAAAAAAUCCUGUGUGUAUUCUUCAGUGGCAAAAACUGAAGUGAAAUCACCGGGACCUGCCUUUUAAGAGAUGCAUUUUGAUGCCAAUCAUGAAAAUACAACCACCUUCUAAUUUUGUGUGUGUCAUUAUGCGACAGAGAACUCUUGUCACUUCUCAGUAGUGCAUAUUUGUCUUAUGAUUAGCUACUGUUUUAAGAGAUACAAAAGAAGCAAAACUUGUAACAUUUUAGAUGUAAAAGGAAUUAGCCUGUUAUUGCUGUGUUGUGUUUGGAGUAUUUAACAUGCAGGUUGAAGAUACAGUGGUACUGUACAGUGGGUUAAGUACUUAAUUCGUUCUGGAGGUGCGUACGUAACCUGAAACUGUUCUUAACCUGAAGCACCACUUUAGCUAAUGGGGCCUCCUGCUGCUGCCGCGCUGCCGGAGCACUAUUUCUGUUCUCAUCCUGAAGCAAAGCUCUUAACCUGAAGGACUAUUUCUGGGUUAGCGGAGUCUGUAACCUGAAGCGUAUGUAACCUGGGAUACCACUGUACCUGCUUCCUUCCUGUUGCCAUAGAGUAUAUCGGCAGCAGAGCACAUGGGUAACCUUUGCUAUCUGAGUAAGGGAAGCCAUGUGCAUUCCCUCAGCUUAACAAGGCCCCCAGUGAAUGUUUUAAAGGACAAUGUUUGUUCUGUCAUUUUGGUGAAAAGAGCGAGGCUUUACCUUCACUGCCAAAAGUAAUCUGGCGGGGAGGGGUGGAAUUGUGAUGUAAAAAGAAAAAGGGCUUCUUUCUGACUGAGACCAGUUCAUCUCUCUGCUCAGCAACAAUUGUUCCUAGGACAAAAGGGUACUAAGAUCACUCUUGGCUACUGAAAUGGAGCCAGCCUCUAAGGGUGGAUACAUUGCAGAGGGGAAGGACAGGAGGGAUACCACAAUUUUAAAAAGUCAAUUUACAAUGCCCCCUUAGUUUGGACAAUAAAUACUACGAGAACCAAAACUCCCUUUUUCUUUCCUUCUCCUGACAAUUCCUUGCUGGUGUGUGUGUAUAAUAUGCCUGCUACUUUUUUAUGCAAAACCUGUUGGGAUAUUGUCUGUAGAAGUUUGCUUUAACUUGGACAGCAGAUCUUCCCAUAGAUUUCCUUAGCAUAUUCUAAAACUUUUAAUGAGGAAGACUAGGCCUUCAGGCACAAAAGAACAAGCAUGGUUUGGAUUUCAGAUUGCUUUGUCAACUAAAUAGUAGAGCAAGGAUAACUAACAUGAGGAGCCAUUGUUAGGGAUAAUGGGGUUUCAGUCCUGCCCUCUUUUCUUCCCAACCCUAUACUGCAUAUAACACCAGUGUCUCACAACAAAUUUAACUGAAGAACCUGAAGAAAGAGACAAUGGAUGUGUUUUUGAAAACGAGGGGAAAUUAUUGUUUUAUUUUAAAAAAGUGUGCAGCAGCCCCCAGUAUUUAAAGAGCCCCAACCCCAUUACAUCAUUAGAACCAGAACAUAAACUGGAAAAGAGCAAAAAAUAUCAAUGUUUGGUCCAGAUCAUAGGUACCAUAGACAGUAUGGAUGAUUCACUAAAUGAUUGUAGGAUGACGUGUGUACCUGAGCUUAUGGCCUCAAAUUCACUUUAUCUUAUAUGCUGCUUUAUUACAAAAAUGAUGACUGGACUACUGAUCCUAAACGGAAUAGUUGCCCAACCACCCCCUCCAGAACCCACCGCUCUCAAAUGACUCUCAACUGCCUCGCAUUCAAACUCCCUUUCAAAUCCUCAUCCAAUCAUCACUCACCACCAGAAUUCCACAAUCUCUCUUUCCCCCUCCCUCCUUAACAUUCCCAUAAUAAUUCUGAUACAAUUACCUUAAUAACCUUAUUGCAUUCAAUAUUUUAUACACGCUGCUGCCUAUAACCAUACUGUUUGAAGCACUUGAGCUUCCCAUUCCUGAUUCCUAGAAAUGGGGGAGCAAACUGCAGGUUCUCCAUCCCUGUUCUAAAAACCAGAUGUCUUCCCCCAAAUGAUCCUGGAAAUUGUAGUUUGUUAGGGGUUUGGGGGAUUGUAGGUCUGUGAGAGGGAAGCCACAAUGGCACGAAUCAUUUCGGGGGAAGUUAUGUGCUUUAAAGGCGCAUUGGAUGCAAUGAAGGAAUCUCAGCUAGGUGAUCCAUGGCUGAUCGCCAUCCAAGCACUGCUUAAAAACCUCCAAGGAAGGAGAGUCACUGCUUCAGGCCCUAAGCGCCUCUGGAGCAGGAGAAAGCAAGCUUGCUCCAUCCUCCAUGUGACAGCCCUUUAUACUUUAGUUAUUGAAAAGGCUGCAUGGUGUGGAUCUCAUAUCAAUGUUAUGAGAGUGUAAGCAACACGUUUCUCUCUCCCCUUUCUCCACACCAUGCAGAAUUGCAGUGGUAACCAGAAGGCUGGAGUUUGGAGCCCAGCCAGGGCUGGCUGUGGGCAGGAUCCUUGUUUUGCCGGGGGUUUGACUAGAUGACCCUUGAGAUCCCUUCCACCUCUGCCAUGCUAUGAUUAUAUCAAGCAGCUAAAGGAACAAAAAGAUGCUUCUGAAACAUUUGGGAAUCAUAGGCACAUUCUCCCCACCAGUGGCUUCCGGCAAGAGUUUGCAUCUUCCUUAGGAGAGAGGCAGUCCAGAACAAGGAGGGAAAGGCUCAGAGUUCAGGUAGGUGGAAAUGCCAAUUGAAUGCCCUAUACUAUAGGAAUGCUUUCUUCCCGUGUCCCCCACCCUCAUGUGCCAGACUGGUGCUAGCAUGGCUGGGAGCCAGGUGCCUGCUUAUUCCUCCAUUUUCUUUGCAGGGGGGAGCCUUUCCCCAAUAUAUACUUUGUUCUGACCAAAUCCCUGAAGAGAUGUGAUGACCCUCAGGUACUGGGGCAGAGGGAAGGAAGGGGUCCUUAUGAAACACAUUUGGGGAGUCUGUGGCUUCCAGCAGGUGCUUUUCAGAAGCAUUGCUCCCUCCAACAGGGGAGGCUGAGCAUAGCCAUCACAGCUAGUUGCCUUUGAUAGGCCUCUCCUCCAUGCAAUUGUCUAGCCCUCUUUGAAAGCCAUCCCAUCCAAGAUGCUCUUGUGGUGCAUCUGAUUCUCCUGUGGUUCCUUGCUCCUGCAAGGAGAUGACUAUGGUGAGAUCCUUUGGUUAACAUCUGUCUGGGCUGAAAAAUAUUAAAGAAUCAGAGGACUGGUGAGUUUCGCUUGAAGCACAACUGAUCAAAGGCAGGCAGAUCUGUUAGCAUCUUGAUAAAGAUGCUCAAACAGCAAAGGAUGCUAUCAUACCCCACAAGCAUCUCAGAAAAAGAUCCCAAGCUGAUGGAGAAGACAGCAGUUAAGUGGUCAGUGGGACUCCAGGUUGCCGUUUCCAGAUCCCACCACAGCCCUUCCAAGUUGCCCAAGAAAUCAAUGCCACAACAGUUUUUCCCUCACACCUCCUCCCCAUGAUCCCUCAUGGGGCCUUCUCAGACAUAUGCUGUGUCUGAACCAGCAGAUCCCACCAAACCAAGUAAUUUGAGGACCCAGUCAGAAAAGGAGUGUGCACAGUCAUACCAUAAAUAAGCAAAAUAACUAAACAGGUACUAGAAGUCACCCCAGAACUGGCCCUACUGAACAUCUUCCAAGAUAACAAUGCCCACUCGCACUAGAAAGAGCUCAUAACCCACCGACAGCAUACGAUUCAAUAUGGCUAACUUAACCCGACAACCCUCCUCACCCAUGCACAAACAAAUCCCACUGCAGCCAGCCAAAGAAGAAGAAGAAGAAGAAGAAGAAGAAGAAGAAGAAGAAGAAGAAGAGUUUGGAUUUGAUAUCCCGCCUUUCACUCCCCUUCAGGAGUCUCAAAGCAGCUAACAAUCUCCUUUCCCUUCCUCCCCCACAACAAACACUCUGUGAGGUGAGUGGGGCUGAGAGACUUCAAAGAAGUGUGACUAGCCCAAGGUCACCCAGCAGCUGCAUGUGGAGGAGCGGAGACGCGAACCCGGUUCCCCAGAUUACGAGACUACCACUCUUAACCACUACACCACACUGGCUCUCCCUCACUGGCCAAAGACGAUCAGCCACACCCUAGGCCACCCCAACCCCUCUCACCACCAAGGAAACAUAACAAGUGAAUAGAAAGAGAACUUCCCCAAGUGACGCUGGCAGAAAAAUCCCAAGCAUACACUAAAUAAAAGAACUUAAGCUUUGCCACCCCAUCCCCUCUCUCCUGUCCCCACAUCUGGAGGGCCACAUGUUAACUAACCCUGGAUCAGAGGAAUACUCCAUUUCCCCCCUCCAUUUUGCCUCAUCAAUUUUGUUUUUUUGGGGGUGGGGGGGAAGAGUAGAAACAUGUGUCCAAUCCCAUAUAUAUUAAAAUCUUUCUCUGAGUGCCUGCACAUCUGCGCAGCCAUAGUUGCUAAGCCAUAGUGUGGCAAACCAGCCCAAUAAAUAAUGUGCUUUAUUAAGCAAAAGCUCUGGUGGAUAUUAUUAGUGAGUAUUUAGGAGUAUUAAACAGGGAUGUGGGUGGCGCUGUGGUCUAAACCACUGAGCCUCUUGGGCUUGCUGAUCAGAAGGUCGGCGGUUUGAAUCCCCGUGGCGGGGUGAGCUCCCAUUGCUCAGUCCCAGCUCCUGCCAACCUAGCAGUUUGAAAGCAAGUGCAAGUAGAUAAAUACCGUAUUUUUCGCUCUACAGGGUGCACCUGACCAUAGGGCGCACCUAGUUUUCAGAGGGGGAAAUCAAGGAAAAAAAUAUGAUCCCCCUCCCCAGCUCUGGGAGCAGCGGACAGGCUGCACGCAGCCUGUGCACUUCUCCCAGACCUUCUCCCUGCUAUUGCGGGAGGUGGGGGAAUUCCCCCAUUUCCCGCAACAGCCCACAAGAGGGAGAAGGGACUGAUUCGGUCAGACAGUCCCUUCUCCCUCCUUGGAGAAAAGCCCCCAAGAGCGGUGCGUUCUUUAAAGGCUGCGUGGCUCCUGCGGGCUUUUCUAGGAGGUGGGGGAAUUCCCCCAUCUCCCACAAAAGCCCACAGGAGCCAUGCACCCUUUAAAGAGCGUGCAGCUCCUGUGGGCUUUUUGACCGAGCUUGUGGGGCUGGUGGUGGGGGGAAGCGCUGCUUUCCCCCACCGCCAGCCUCAAAAACCAGGUCGGGGAGCAGCGCAAAGGCGUCGCGCGCCUUCCCGCUGCCCCCCGAGCCUGUGGGGCUGGCGGUGGGGGGAAGCGCUGUUUUCCCCCACCACCAGCCUCAAAGACGAGACUCUCCUGGCCUCAGCGAAAGCAACGUGAAGCCUCCGGAGCACAGGCAUCGGAGGCUUCGCGUUGCUAUCGCUGAAGCCAGGGAGCCUGCAUUCGCUCCAUAGGACGCACACACAUUUCCCCUUAAUUUUUGGAGUUGAAAAAGUGUGUCCUAUAGAGCGAAAAAUACAGUAGCUUCCUCUGGCAGGACGGUAAACGGCGUUUCCGUGUGCUGCUCUGGUUUCGGUGUUCCGCUGCACCAGAAGUGGCUCAGUCAUGCUGGCCACAUGACCUGGAAAAACUGCGGACAAACGCCGGCUCCCUCGGCCUGUAAAGCGAGAUGAGCACUGCAACCCCAGAGUCGUCUGCGACUGGAUUUAACUGUCAGGGGUCCUUUACCUUUACUUUUUUAGGAAUAUUAAACACCUGUGUAUGGUUGCUAGCAAUUUUGAAUGAAAGUAGCUUGUGUUCUUUAUUACUAAUCUAUACCCUGCAACAUUUCACAGAUAAAGAUUUGACACAUGCAUGUAACACCUCCCAUAUUGUUAUGGUGGUUUAAUAUAUUUAAUAUUACCCCUCUUUUCUCUGCAAUAGCUUGUCCUGCACUGGUUUAAAAUCUGAUAAGAGUCUGUUUGGUUUUUGGGCUAAAAUUAUACUUGAAAAACAAUGAGUUUUCUCUUGGGUUAUUAAGAAUCAAAAGGAGCUUCACCAACAUAUGCCGUUGCUGUCUGUGCACUGCAUGGUGCUUUAGUGUUUCUGCGCACAUGUCUACAUGCAUAUAAAGAGACAAGAUGCAUCCACCACCCCACUUCUUGUGAGCCUGGGAAGAGAGCUAAAUAUGGAAAACUGACAGCAGCUCUGGCAACUCCCACUAAAAUUUUUUUUAUCAAGACUUCCCCCAAAGGCAAAUAUAGAGACAGUGAUUGUACAGGAAAUAUAGAUAAUCAGAGCAUAUGCUGAAUAAGCAUGUGCUGUGCAAGAACAACACUCUUAGGCAUUUAUGGUGGGAACAUAAUUUCAAAAGUUACAGAAUACAGAGCAUCUUUAGGCAUGGGGUCGAAAUUAGGGAUGUACCAAGCAAGUCGAUGGAAUGUCUUUAUAUAAUAUAGUCACUUUUUUCAGAUUCCUUCUUUAAAACAGGGAUUAAAAAUUCCUAACUCAAUUACAUGAACCCAGCCUUAGACCAGUGAGUGUAUUGAUGGAGGUAACUCAAAACUCGUUUAUAGUAGAUUAUUCUAAAACAGGCUUCCCUAACAUGAUGAUUUCCAAAUGUUGGACUACAUCACUGCAAUACCUCAAGAAUGGCCUCUCUGCAUAUAAACCAACCUAGACUGUGUUCAUAAUCUGAGGCCUUUCUUUGUGUUCCUCCUCCAUGUGAGGUCCAGAGAGUGGCAACAUGAGAAUGGGCCUUUGCUGCAGUGGCUCCCAGUUUGUGGAAUUUUCUCACCAGGAAGGUUCAUCUGGUGCCUUAAUAUAUCUUUAGGCACCAGGCAGAAAUAUUCCUCUUCAACCAGACCUUUGGCUGAUUAAUAUUCUACAGCUUUUUCAAUGUAUUUGUAGGAGGGGGGGUUAUUGUAUUGUUGUUUCUGUUUCAGCUAUUUAUUUGUGCUUUUAUCUCGUGUUUUUAUCUUAUGAGAUGCCCUGAGAUCUUUUGAUGAAGGGUGGUAUAUAAAUCUAAUAAAGAAUAUAUCAUCCCUAACCACUGCUGGCUCUGGCAGAUGUGAGCUGAAAUGGAACAAUAUCUGGAGGGCACUAGGGACUUGGCUAGAUUGGUAAAGAAAAAGUGUUUUAUAUGUGUUGUAUAGGUGCUAUAACACUGUGACACUAGAUGGCACUGUGGAGUCCUGUCUUUCCAUACCGGAUAUCCCUGUAUGUGUUUAACUGAACUGCUUCUUUGACAUGUUUAGAUCCAGCCCAACUUAGAGAAGACUGCUUUAGGAAGUGAGCAAACAGAUUCUUCUUACUCAUAAACUCAUGCACACACACAAUCCAACACUCUUUCUUUCUCGUGUUCUAUUCACCUAAGCAGGUGGGCAGGGCUAAGGUUGCUGGUUUGACCACAACACAGCCUUGAGCCUCAUAUACUAGGAAAAGAUAGCCUAACAUGAAGUGUAAUGUGGAUACGUUGCUGCUACUGUACCACACUACUCUGCAUCUAUGUCUCCCCUUGCAGGCCAAUUGCCACCACUGUGUUCCUCCACCUCUUCUCUGUCCAGGUCAGUUGUGUACACACAAUUUAAAGAAGAAAAAGGAGGGGUUGGCAUGGUGUUAAAAUCUGGCCUGGCAAGCUUACACUUAUUCAUCCUUUGUUGCCUGUGGAAAGCAAAAAACUGAGUGCUAGUCAGUCAAUUCACAGCAGACAGGAAGAAAAAAAUCCUGGGUGUGUUUGUAUUAUUUGUUUGCUGAAUUGUGACCAUAGAUCAUAUUUAUAUUAUAUAUUGCAGUAGAGAUAGUAGGAUUAGGAAAAGGGACAUUUUUGUAGUGACUAGAGGAGGAAAUGGAGGUAAAAUAUUCAGAGCUAAAAUGUUUUUGAAAUCUUAGUCUCUAAUAUGAAAGAGAUAUUUCUCUCAUCUACCUUUACGCAUUUGGGGCAGAAUUAUGGGACUAAACUGCAUUGUCUUUGGUUUAUUGCUUGUUAUAGAGGAAUUGUGAAUUGUCACCUGCAUUUCAGCGAAAAAUGACAUUUCUUUGCUGUGGGUCCCCCCCCCCCCACAAAAGGAGCAAUUUAUAUCCAGGCUGAGCAGAGCAGAGCAGAAAAAAUGCAGAAAUUGAAUGAUUACGGGAGUAUGUUCUGCAGUGCCGAGAACACACUGGCAAGGGCGGUCUCUGGCUGUCACUUUAAAAAAAAAAUGACCUGCUUGUUGGAGGAGGGGCAGUUUCCUGAGAAUCAGGUGCAUGUCUGUAGAGAUGAUGUCAUCUUUCUAAGUAGACCUGCUUGAGAGAGACGGAUGCAGAGGAGGGAAUGAUUUCCUAAUUGCAGAUCUCCAGCUGGGAGGAGUAAGAAAUGGAUAGAGCACAGGCAGUUUGUAAGUAUUAAAAAUAUUGCUGAAGUCAUCCGCAGUCUUCAGGAAUUAAUUGCUGUGUGAAGGUGAUACAAAGAGCAUGCUUCUUAAUUGAGGACUGUGGAAAGACACUGGUUUGAAAAGGUGUUUUUUAAAAAUUACUAGUGCCCCAUGUUUAGAGGUAACAUUUCUUAGGUUUCUUCCUAAUGACAGUGUCAUAUGCUUUCUUCCUAGGGAAAAAAGCAUGCUGCGUGGCUUAUUGAGUAAUUUUAUCUGCCUUUUCAUACUGCCUUCUUUAUACUAAGAGGCAGUGCUGUAGCACUCACUUGUGGUAAAAUGUAGUCCUGUAUUGAUGAGAAAUGUCCUUGGUCCCCAGGCACUGCUUGCUUGUACCUUGGCUUUUAAUUUUUGGCUUGCAAAUGUAAUUAACACAUGCAAGAUGGGCAAGAAUAACAAAAGUUAGCUGCUUUCUUGUCUUUGAUAUCAGCUGUCAGCCGGCUUCAUGGUCUGUGAUGUGAUUGUUGGACUGCGCUGAAAUAGUUCUGGCAUUGCACCACAUUAUCUAGGUGAACAGAGGGUCUCUAAAUAGUGACUUCAUGGUGACUUGUUAGCCAUUCUUCUCAGAAUUCUCUUUCAGAAAUAACCAGGCCUCUACAGACUCCUUAGGUACCCACAUACACAAGGAGAAGCAGUUAGUGCUAGUGGAUAGGUAUGGUAGGUAUUGAACUGUAAUAGUAGACCUAAAUUAAGCUAGCACAGAACCUAGAAAGACUGCAGUUACAGCAUGUGGCUGUAGUGGAUUGUUGUUUGCUCUGACACGUGUAAAUUUCAGGAGGAAGUGAAAUGUUUACUUUUGAUGAAAGCAGUAUUUUAAGGGAAGGGAAUCUGUAAUUGGAUUGAAAGACUAGCAGAACUUACUGGCUAUUUCAGAAAAGGUUCUUUGUGUACACUACUUGCAUCUUUAGUGUUUAUAGUAUCUACCAGGUAUGAAGCACUGGACAUAGGUAAAAUGUACCUGCUGUUGUGUCUUGUGAAGUUGAAAGUAGAAUUAUGGUUUGGUGGCAAAAGUUGCUAUAGGCAGUGGGGUACUGGCAUAUAGAUAGAAACAGGCAGUGUGGAAUGGCACCCCUAGGUGAGCUGAGUUUCAGUGUGAAGAGGCCCAGAGUUUAUAUACAAGGAAGGUAAUUGGUUCAUCCUGUUCACAUGACUCCUUUGCCAGAAGAAUUCUGCUUGAGGUUUCCAUCUGAUGACUUGAAAGGCCUGCAAGCUCCUAUUCCGAUGAACUCUCCUGCUAGCACAGCAUAUUAAGGGAACCGGAACCUGACUCUCAGUGUUCCGAUGUGAAUGUUCCAGUCCCUGACAAGAAUGCUGCACUUAUGUGUUGGUGCUGCCUCAGUUUUUUUCUCCCAUGGUCCCCUUGGAUGCUUAUCAGCACACGGCUUUCAGUAAGUUCUAGGGCUCACACAUGCCCUGUUGUGGCUGCCUUACUGCCUGAGAUUAUUCUAUCAGCUUCAUAGGGUCACAGGAGAAGAAAGUACCUGAUCUUUGGGUAGGCCUAUUUCUACAGAGCUAACCAUCCCUUACUGAUUAGGUGUGUAUUUAUUAUAGGUUGAAGAUGUACAUUUGGAAGUUGGAUUCAUGAAUGGAGGGGAGCUAUGUAUUCAGAACUACUAGAAGCAAAUGGACUUGCUUUAGCCCAACAUAAAACAUGUUCUGAAAAGGUACACUGUUCAUUAGAAAGGGAGUUCAUUAGCUGUGUUCUUAAAAGCUUUAAGAAUUACAUGGUAACUGUUAGACCUGCAAGUUUAGUCGAGAGCUAGGAAUCCACCUCUUGUAGAUCCCUAGGUGUACCACUUGUGCUGUGGAGGUGGGGACCCUGCUGUGGGAUUUUACAGACCUGCAAAUGCUGCUCUACCACUUGGUUUCAUGCUGAAGGUAAAGGACUGUUCUGUUCCAGGCAGUGGUCUCAGCCAGAUGAGGUUAUAGCUCAGGGUGUCUUUGUGGGUUGAUGUUAGGCACAAAUUUGUGUUCCAGCAAGGAAACCAAGGGAAAAACAAGGAUAUCCAGGUUCUGAUCUAGCAAGGCAAGGUUCAGCUUCUACUAAAGCAAAGACCAGCAAAGCGGAAGCCAGCUUCCAAGGAGGUUGGGGUAGGGAACUUUUUCAACCUGGAAACCACAUGCUAGUGGUGGGUAGAGCCAUAAGCAAAAAUGAACAGAACGGUGAAUAUUAAUGUUACAUUUGUAUAGUAGGUUUACUGUACUUAGCCACACUCUUCUCCAUCCAGGCAAGCAAUAAGCAUUAUCAACGACAUGCUCUAGCCAGGCAAAGUACUCAAGGAGAGUACACAACAGGGAUGGUGAGAGGAUGUGCCUGGGGAGAAUUCUAAGAACCAGACAGAGAGGCACCAAGAGCUGCAUUUGGUCCCUGGGCCUGAGAUUUCCCAUCCCUCCAAUAAGACAAAGUCUAGCAAUUUUGUUGUUGUUUAGUCGUUUAGUCCUGUCCGACUCUUCGUGACCCCAUGGACCAAUGUCUUUGUCCAUGGAGUUUUCUUGGCAGGGAUACUGGAGUGGCUUGCCGGUUCCUGCUCCAGGUGGAUCACGUUUGGUCAAAACUCUCCACUAUGACCUGUCCAUCUUGGGUGGCCCUGCACGGCAUAGCUCAUAGCUUCUCUGAGUUAUUCAAGCCCCUUCGCCACGGCAAGGCAGUGAACCAUGAAGGGGAAAGUCUAGCAAAGCAGAGAUCAAAUUCUGCUAAGGCAAGGCAAGCAAAGCAAGUAGCACUGUGGAUAGCUCCAUUUGCCACUCAGGCUCGAGAGUCAAAUGUUGCUUCAGCAACAAGCAAGCCCAGACUGAGCCAGCAGUUAAAGGGUCUUCUGUAGUAGUAGUAAUUGUUGUUGUUGUUUGUACUCUGCCCAUCUGACUAAGUUGCUCCAGCCACUCUGGGCAGUUUCCAACAGAAUAUACAAAAACACAACAGAACAUCACACAUUAAAAGCUUUCUGAUACAGGGCUGCCUUAAGAUGUCUACAGAAGGUCGUAUAAUUAUUAAUCUCUUUGACAUUUGCCGGGAGGGUGUUCCAUACCAUGGGCAUCACUACCGAGAAGACCCUCUGCCUGGUUCUCUGUAACCUGAGUUUUCAUCAUGAAGGAACUAGCUGGACCUCAGUUUCUAGGCUGAACAAUGCGGGGUGGAGACACUCCUACAGGCAUGCAGGGCCAAAGCCAUUUAGGGCAUUAAAGGUCACCACCAACACUUGGAAUUGUGCUUAGAAAUGUACUGGGAGCCAAUGUAGAUAUUUUAGGACCAGUGUUAUAUGGCCCUGGCGACCAUUCCUAGACACUGGUCUAGCAGCCGCAUUCUGGAUUAAUUGUAGUUUCUGAGUCACCUUCAAAGGUACCUGCCUGUAGGGGGCAAUACAGUAGUCUAAGCAGGAGAUAACCAGAGCAUGUACCACUCUGGCAAGACAGUGGGCAGACAGGCAGGGUCUCACCUAGCAUACCAGAAGGAGUCGCUAAACAGUCGCCCAGGACACAGAGUUGACCUGCGCCUUUAUGGACAGCUGUGGAUCCAAAAUGACCCCAAGGCUGCACAGCUGGUUCUUUAGGGCACAGUUACCCCAUUCAGGACCAGCAAGUCUCCCACACAUGCCCGUCCCCUGUUCCCCAGAAACAGUACUUCUGUCUUGUUGGGAUUCAGCCUCAAUCCGUGGACUGCCAUCUCUCCCAGCCACCUCUAGCCACUCACACAGAACAUUCACCGCCUUCACUGGUUCUGAUUUAAGUGAGAGGUUAAAGGUAAAGGGACCCCUGACCAUUAAGUCCAGUUGUGGCCGACUCUGGGGUUGCGGCGCUCAUCUCACUUUAUUGGCCGAGGGAGCUGGCGUACAGCUUCCAGGUCUAAGCCACUUCUGGCGAACCAGAGCAGUGCACGGAAACAUGGUUUACCUUCCCGCCAGAGCGGUACCUAUUUAUCUACUUGCACUUCGACAUGCUUUCAAACUGCUAGGUUGGCAGGAGCAGGGACCAAGCAACGGGAGCUUCACCCCGUUGCAGGGAUUCGAACCGCCGACCUUCUGAUUGGCAGCUCCUAGGCUCUGUGGUUUAACCCACAGCGCCACCCGCGUCUCGCCAGUGAGAGGUUAGAGAUGGCUAUUAUCUGCAUACUAGUGGACACUCAGCCCAAACCCCCAGCCAUUUUAUAUAGAUGUGAAAAAGCAUGGGGGAGUGGAUGAAGCCCUGAGGCACCCCACAAGUGAACGCCAGGGGUCUUAACACUCACGCCCCAACACCACUUUCUGGACACAGCCCAGGAGGAAGGAGUAACCACUGACUGAUGGCACAGAAGUGACUGUAGUUUUCUGGAGUCCUCAGAAUUUGAGGAUGUCAGUGUAACUUUCUCAGGCAGGAGUGAUGGUGAUAAAACAGUCCGCUCCUGUGCUACAGCUUUCUGGACAGUAAAGUUUGACUUAUUCCAGGGGCAAAUCCCUCUCUUACUUUGAUACUUCCUCUGAAUCUCUGGCCCCAUACCCCAAAGAUGGGGAGUCUGUCCAUGGGUCUUGAAAAGGGGACAAAGUGCUUGUGCUAGUGUGUGUGUGUGUGUACGUACGCGUGCACACACAUAUACAUGAGGAAUGAAGUACUGCAUAUGUGAGAAAGUAGGGUGUUGCUGCAUAUUUGAGGGUUGAUGCGGCAUUUAUAUUUCAAAAGAUACCAUGGGUUUUCAAGAAGAGAUGCCUGUGGCAGCAUAUUAGCUCAUGGACCAAAUUGUAGUUCUGUCUGUGUGGUGGUAGGAUUUUGCCGUCACCUCUGCUCACAUCUUUUCCAGUGUGCUAUCUUGCAAAGCCAUUGCAUACAUUCUGCUUCAGUGCACUGAACCCUUGGAGCUAAAUGAUGCCACGGAACUUGGAUUUGUGGGUCAUGCAGUUUGAGCUGGUGCUCCUCAACUGUAGGUUAAUAGUUUCAAUGUCCAUGCCUAUUCAGGGCUUUAGUGUUAUAUGAAUUUUUCAUAGCAAAAUGCCAGGUAUGCUAGUAAAUUCAAACUGCUCAGAGUAGUAAACUCCUGUGCAGGUGCAUUCUCUACCUGUUGGUGGAAGUGACUAGUAGAUGUCUUCUUCAGACACUGUCUUUGCAAUUAAUUUCUUCCACUUAGCUUCCCAGUGUAAAUUGAGUAAAAGUGUCAUAUUUGUUUUGGAGCAGCUGCACUGAAGUACAGCACAGAAAUAUUUCCUAUGCUCUGUUAUUAAUGAUAGUUCUUUGUGGUUUCUGUUCAGUCCAGCCUUUGCGAUUAAAUAUGUGCAGGCCAUACUACUUGGGAAUCCCAGAAAGUUCUGAUAGUUGAAAAGGCCUUUGGCUCAUGUUUUUCAGGGAGUGUGUGGGAAAGUGUGUGAUCUUAUACUUGUGUUUUUAUAAUAUCUUUAAACAGGCAUAAUUACAUCUGGGCAGUAUUGUUUCACGCCAUGCUGUUCAUCAUGAAGUAAGUGGUAGCUUCUCACGAUCUGUUUGAACUGAACAAAUCUCAGUGCUGUUUGUUAUGAAAAUGCCCUCUAUUAAUAAUUUUAUGAGCUAUAGAUCCCAGAACAAAUAGCAAAAUUAAAGGAUAAUGCUGAAACUAGGGCUGUGCUAAUAUUUUGGCCAAGAGUUUUUUUUCAGCCGCUCACAGAGGUUGGGGAAGAAAUUGCCCUCAAAAACUGGGGCAAGAUGGUGAAAAUUAGGAGAAAUUAGCAGGUGUACUGUCGGAAACGCCGGGGGCGGGGCAACAAUGCAAAGCCCCCGCACUGACAUAUACUGACAUGUACUAGGACACUUACCUUUUAUUUAAAUUACAAGAUAACUGAGUAUGUGUGCAUGAAUGUUUCUAUGCUUGUGUCCAUGCUUCCUUUAAUUAAUUUUUUUUAAAAACCACAAUCCUUGUGCAGUUCUGCAGCUGGAGCACUUGAAAGCAAUGCAAAAAUAUUUUGCCAUUCCCAGUCUCUCCACAGGUAGCAUCACCAGCUGCUCACAGGUCCUUCUGUUUCGAAACACCUUCCAGGAAGCACAGGCAAUAGUGAGACUGCAGAGCUGCAAAAGCAUUGUUGGGGAUUUUUGGUGAUUAAAGGAAGUGCACACGUACACCCUCAGUCAUCUUGUAAUGUAAAUAAAAAGUAAGUUUCACAGCAUACCCUUGCUAAUUUCUAGGGAUUUCCCCAACAGUUGUUCUGCAGGUCAACAAUGCUCAGUCUGGUAGAGCUGCCAGGGAAUGAGGUGGACAGAUGGAAUUCAAUUGCCUCUCCCCCAUCCCCAUGCUUGUACUGCCUGGUUUGACAGUCAAUCAGCAUCCUUUCCAUCUUGUACUGUCAGUGCUUCAUGUUUCAGCUGCUUGCUCUUGGCUGAGAGCUGUAGGAUUAAAACCCUUGCUAGGCACAAGCCUUAAAUAUUAAUGGGAGGAGAAAUGUUAUUGCACCUAUUGCUGUGACAGAUCUAUGGUGUUUAAGGUUUCCUUUGGUUAAACUUCUAAAAUAUUGUUUAUGGAAAUAUUUAAAACAUUUUUAUUUAUUUAUUUUUGCAAUAAGAGACCAUCUUGCUCCCUUCUUCCCAGUGAUGUACUGUAUUUGGUUAUACAGGACAUAUAAGAUUGAGCUUCAUUUUCCCAUGCUAUUCAGUUCUGUGUCCUAACAAUGUAUACUUAGAAAUAAGUUCUACUGAAUUCAGUGGGAUUACUCCCAGGUAAGAGGGGUUAGGAAUAUACCCCUGCAUAUUAAACAAUUUACCACUAUCAUUUAUACAUAUACUGGUUUGGUUAUUCUUCCAAUUGUUUCUCUCGUCUCUCUUUUUCUAAUUCUCCCCUUUUCAAUGAGGAAAAAAUAAAUAUGUUGCUGGCACAGAAGGUAGGAGUGUAAAGGGGAAAUUCUAAGAAAUUCUGCCAAAUACCUUGAAAUUUAUCUUACAUCCCUCUUUUUAUAUAAAGUGUUUGAGUUGCAAGAUUUAAGAGGUCUUUCACCCAUUGAUCUACAUCAGGAGAGCUUGUGGCUUUCCGUUUUUGAAGCAUGAUAUGUUCGGUCCUGUAAUAAUCACAUGCAUUCAGUUCUGCAGUCCAGACAGCUGCAACAAUAAUCUAUUUCUAUGAUUUUUCCAACUAUGGUCCAAGAUAAAGAUCAAUACUUUUAAGUUUAACAGGGCAGUGGGUCUGUGAUCAAAGAACCACUGACAGUCUAUACUUCCAAGUGGUCUUGAAAGAAAAGAAAUGCUGAAUUGACAGUAAUAAAUGCCACAACUCCUUCUAUACUCAGUGUAGCUGUACUGAGUAUGUGGGGUGGAGAGAGAGAUUGUCCUCCACGCCAUAGAACUUUUUGUCAAUUAACAUCACAAUCCUAACCAUAUCUUAAAAAUCCUAUUGAAUUUGGACCCUGCUUAGACAGUAUUUUCAGGAGGUAUACAAAGAUUAAAUAUCUGUGGAGAUUAUUUGACUUAAGCUAGAGAGGUUAAAAGAGAAUCAGUUUUAAGAAGAAAUCUUAAUGCAUCUAAAUCUAAAUAACCCUCACUUCUUCCUUCAGGGCAGUUUGACUUUGACUUGGUGAAAUUCUGCACUUCCAGGACUGCAUCAGUCUAGUACUGAGUGCAGUACUAGAUUAUUUGAUGUUUAGAAAACAAAACUUGCCAUUGUAGCUGUAGAGAUAGUGUUUGGAAACAUAGGUAGUGACUGCAGAAGUUAAUCAUUUAGCUAAUUGGUUUAAAACUUUUUUUCUACCCUGCCUGCCAAUAAAAUAGGGACGCGGGUGGCGCUGUGGGUAAAACCUUAGCGCCUAGGACUUGCUGAUCGCAUAGUCGGCGGUUCGAAUCCCCGCGGCGGGGUGCGCUCCCGUCGUUCGGUCCCAGCGCCUGCCAACCUAGCAGUUCGAAAGCACCCCCGGGUGCAAGUAGAUAAAUAGGGACCGCUUACCAGCGGGAAGGUAAACGGCGUUCCGUGUGCUGCGCUGGCUCACCAGAUGCAGCUUGUCACGCUGGCCACGUGACCCGGAAGUGUCUGCGGACAGCGCUGGCUCCCGGCCUAUAGAGUGAGAUGAGCGCACAACCCUAGAGUCUGGCUAGACUGGCCCGUAUGGGCAGGGGUACCUUUACCUUUUUUGCCAAUAAAAUGUUUUCAAUGUGGUUUGCAAUAAACAUGCAAAACAGUGAUUAAAAACAGUUAAAUAAAAGAUCAGCAAAUUCCUUAAUAGUCAACCAUAGACCAAUCUGGAAACAAUUAAAAGACUAGGAAAACACAGUACUUUUAAUCUGGUGCCAAAAUGAAUUGAUAUGGAGAAGGAGUUUCACUCCAUUGAUAAAGCCUAAUCCUGAUAGCCAACCUCCUCAUUUCUGGGUACCAUGAGUCAAGCUCCUAAGAAAUACUUUCCAACUCCGCUUUUAAAAGGCCUAACACUUCCUCAUUAGCUAGAUCAGACGGUCACAUCCUCUCUAAGCAGUUUCAUGUAAUAUUGAAUGGCAUGGGAGUUUUUGAAUAGCAUGGGAAACUUGCAGAACCUUACCACAUAAAUGUCAUGGUCCAAAGCACCUGUGUCUCAGUUUUACCUUCUGGAACGAUUCAGCCAAAUUAUCAAAACGUUAUGCCUUCCAUUCCCACCCCGACAAAACUGUCCAGAACAAUACAAUCAUACCAAGCUUGAUAUGCACAGUUGUUGUCUCUUUCCUGAUAUGUGUCACCCAGUGGGGUGGUUUUAUUUCUCAGAGCUUGCUGGAAGCAAGACUGAAGUGGGUCUAGAUCAGGAUGUGAAACCCUGUGGCCCUACAGAUAUACCGUAUUUUUCACUCUAUAAGACGCACCAGACCACAAGACGCACCUAGUUUUUGGAGGAAGAAAACAAGAAAAAAAAUAUUUUGAACCCCAGAAGCCAGAACAGCAAGAGGGAUCGCUGCGCAGCAAAAGCAGCGAUCCCUCUUGCUGUUCUGGCUUCUGGGAUAGCUGCGCAGCCUGCAUUCGCUCCAUAAGACGCACACACAUUUCCCCUUACUUUUUAGGAGGGAAAAAGUGAGUCUUAUAGAGCAAAAAAUACGGUAUUCAGUUUCCAACUCCACCCAGUCAUCAGCUGGAUAGCUCAGUUGGUUAGAGCAUGGUGCUGAUAAGGUUGCAAGUUCGAUCCCUGUUGAAUUUUAUUGUUUUAUUUAACUUAAAUAUCAGAUUUCCUGGCUUUGGAAGUUAGGCAUUGUGAAACAAUAAUAUCCUUUCUUUCCCUAGCAUUUAGAUUUGUAGCAAACCAAACUUAUUUUUUGCUUAGGGGCAGGUUGUGGGGGGAGGCUUGACUUCAGAUAUGUUUGAAUACUGUCUCUUUUUCUAUCAAGAUAAAGAAGAUAACUUUGCUAGUUAUGUUCACUGUAAACAGCUUCACUGUUAGCUGCCAGCAUUGAAAGCAUUGAGGUUAUAUGUUUUAUUGGAUCAGGUGCUAUUGGUGUACAUUAUUAAGGAAGAUUACAUUGUGUUUGAUGUAACUUAAAAACAAACAAACAAACCUAAAUUUUGCUGUGGUGAUCUUUCUGUGUGUCCCCCGCCUCUUUUUUCUGUUGAACAUUUUGUUUCUGAAACCACUGUUAUGGAAUCCCUUUCCCCCCUAAGCUAUGACUUGGCAGAGAGAGCAAGCUGUGAAAACAUUGUGCUCUGUUACUUUAUUGGGAAGUUUGUAUCAUAAAAAGCUAAAGGUCGUGAAAUGUUAGUGGAUUUUCCCACGUUUAGGAAACAAAGAUUUAGCAGGUGUCUGGGAUUUGACUAAAUCAUAGUGGUUCUCAAAGGGUAGGGCAUGCUGCACUGGUGGGGCAGGAGAGAAUGGCAAGUGUGGCAGGCAGAGUCGAGGACAAUCAAAGAAACAUUUAAAUGUUUCAGUGUAAUAUAGGCUAGGAUAGUAUCAUUUAUUAAAAAUAUAUAUAUACAACCAGAAACAGUAUUCAUGCCUCUCUUCAAGAGCAUUGGCUAUUCCUCUACGGUUUUCCACAACGUAUCUUUGUCAACAAAGAAUUUUAUCUCUGACAAAUAUGAAAGAUCAGAAAAGAGAGAGGCUUAUUCCAUGAAAAGAGUGGUAUCAGUAGGUUUCCAGGAAUACCAAAAAAAAAAUAAAAAUUGAAGGGGGAAAACCUGAAUGAGGAAAGUGCAUUAAGAACUGAGCAUGUGCAGUGGCCAUGGAAUGCUGACUUCCUGUUCAGGGGAAGAGAUGGAAAACUUGGGGAGAGAGUGAUACUUCCAGGAAUCCAGGAUGUUUUCCAUAUCCUGGGAAAUAUGGUUAGCAAACUGGAACCCCGAACAGGAGCACUCCAAACAGUAGCAUUUUGUUGCAACUCCCACUUGUAUCUAUUUAAUGCACAUUACUUUGAGGCUGCUAAUUUAUAUGAUUGCUAAGUCAUUUGAUCAUCCCCUGCCUCCUGGGAAAGAACAUUAUGGCAAUGGGAAGACCAGCCUGGUCCAUCCAUCAGCCCAAGAAUGAGCAGCUGAAGGGGAUUUCUUUCCCUUUUCCCUGCCAGAGAGAACACUUGGCUGCAACUCUGGGUUGACCUCAGCUGCAUCUACCUUAGGGACAAAUAACAGGGCGCAAGGCCAGGAUCCCGCAGCUUAGCAGGGAGCCAAAUAAAUUACAGGGGCAGCUGCACCAAUAUAUUUGUUCACCUUUAAAAGUCUUUUUUGCAGAGGUGGGUGUAUGGCAAAGUGAAGCUCCAACUGCACCUACCGCCUUCAUUUCCCCAGUGUGCCUGUGGUCCCACAUGGAGCCCAGGCACUCUAGGGAAAUGAAGUUGGUGGGCGUGACUGAUUCUUUACCCUUGGUCAUUGUAAGAGAGGAAGAAACUAAAGGGAUCUCUUGGUGUGCAGCUGCAAUGAACCCCUUCUGUCAUGGCCACUAUAUUAAAUUUCUCUAGGGAAAUGGGUGCAAUUUGGAGCUUUGCUGCCCAAUGCACAUUACAAAAACCUCUGUCAAAAGACAAAGGGAUUAAUUUAUCUGUGCCCCUGCCCCCAACUGGCACAGGUAGAAGGGAUAAAUGGAUCAACCAGGCUGCAUAGUGGGUGGUGGUAGGAAAUGAGUCCCUUUACACUUUUUACAGAGUUUGUUGUUGGGCAUGAUGGACAGCAAACUUCCGGUUGUGCCCACCAGCAACCUCUGUAUAAAGUUUAAAAAGGGGGGGGCAAGCAAUUAAGGUUGCUUUGCUGGUGGGCGGAGAGAGGAAACAGGACACCAGAGUGACUUGGGUACUACAAGGGGGGGCCCAGCAGUCAUCUUGCACAGGGACCCUUCAAAGAUUGAGAACAGAAGAGAAGUGUACCCUGGCACCUUCUGUCAGGCAUGGGGGAAAAGGCUUCAUGUGUGUACGUGUACGUGUGCGCAUGUUCAUGUGCAUGGAAUUUUUCUCUUCCUGUUAUCACAGCCUGUUGCUUGUAAGCCACUGUGAGAAUAACUUGAUUGAAAGUUGGGGCAUAAAUCUUCUAAAUAAAUGGAAAGUAUUCAGCAACACUUCUGUCUCUUCAGUUCCUGCUGCACUAUUAAAUAUUUAUCCAUUCUUAUUUAGCUUUUUAUAAAAAGCUUUGCAGUGUCAAUAGUUGUGCUGCUUUUUUCCAGUCUUUCUCAAUAUUUACUCUAGUAAAAACACAUCACGUUGCAAGCAUUAGUGGAUAUAUGCCAGCAGACUACCUCUCCCUUCUGGUGUGUAAGGGACAUACUCACAUUUCUUUACAGUUUAUACAUCGUAUGGCGAGGUAGGGACUAUUACAAGACCCUGCAGUGUGUGGCCUUUUCUUUCUUUGGGUUGUAUUCAACCAUUAGCACAAAGACUUCCUUUUGUGCAAUAGAACUUCCCUCUCUCCCCCCUCCAAUCUGUUAUGGGGCUUUCCUCAACUCAGAACAGGUCUGUAGGUAGAAGAGAGAAGUUUCAUUGCUCAAGAAGUCAUCCUUCUGCUAACCAUAACCUCAUUAUUCUAUAUUUAUUUAUAUCCUGCCCUUUCCAUAACAGGCAGCUUGCAGAUAAAAUAAGAACAACUAAAAGCAGGGAUGAUGGUGAUGAUGGUGAUGAUAAAUUAAUAGAAAUCUAUCUAUCUAUCGAUCAUCUAUAUCUAAAGAUCUAUUAAAAUUAUACAAAUAAUUACAAUAAAACCAGCUAGGCACCCUUUCAUUAAAAGCAGAUUUCCCAAAAGCCUGUUGGAAUAAGAAAGUUCUCACUUGCCAGCAGAAAAAUGAAAAGGAGGGAGUCAGUCAAACUUCUCCAGAAAGGGAAUGCCAAAGUCUGAAAGCAGCCUCUGAGAAGGCCCUCUGUUGCAUCCCUACCAAGCAUGCCUGGGACAGUGGCAGGACCAAGAGAAUGGCCUCCCCAGAAGAACCUUGACAGGUUUGGAUGAGGUCCUUGCAUGCUGUGGCAUUACAUGAAAUACAGACAUGUACCUGAUACUUUCAAAACUUAUGAACUGUCCCUAGAUAAUAAGGGAUAGUUGGUCAGUUAUGGAACUGUUUUAAGUAGCAGUUUCAAGAGAGAACCUUUGGUGCUUGAUGCUUUGGGGUUUUCUAUAGAAUAUUCGUCAUACUUUUCUGACCUCUCCCCCUCUCCUUUUCUUCUUCCUUUCUUCCUUUCUCAUAGCAGGGAACAGGUAAAGUGGAUAGCUUGUGUGAGAAUGCUCCAUGUUCUUGUAGUAUUUCCAGGGCUUAAGCAUAACUUGAGCUUCUGUUUGAAUUAAAGAGACCAUUCUCUUUUGCCUGGUUAUUCAGUAGCAAAUACCGUAUUUUUUGCUCUAUAAUACUCACUUUUUCUCUCCUAAAAAGUAAGGGGAAAUGUGUGUGCGUCUUAUGGAGCGAAUGCAGGCUGCGCAGCUAUCCCAGAAGCCAGAACAGCAAGAGGGAUUGCUGCUUUCACUGCACAGCGAUCUCUCUUGCUGUUCUGGCUUCUGAGAUUCAGAAUAUUUUUUCCUUGUUUUCCUCCUCCAAAAACUAGGUGCGUCUUGUGGUCUGGUGCGUCUUAUAGAGCAAAAAAUACGGUACUUAGCUUCUAUACCAGGGGUGACCAACUCCCAAGAGACUGCGAUCUACUCACAGAAUUAAAAACUGGCAGUGAUCUACCCCCUUUUGGGGGAUUUAGGUCAAAUAGUUGUUAAGCUUUUUUUAGGGAGGGGGAAAGCCUAACCUCAAGGGAGAAAGUGGAACAGCCACUCAUCAACAGGUUGCUGAGUAAACUCCAUCUUCUGUUCUGCAGAUCGUGGAACAAUGGAGGGUGGAGUGACAGGACAGGGUCUGAUUCUAUUUUACCUACGCUAAGGAAAGGGAUCCAGCGAUCUACCAAAACCUCCUGGGGAUCUACCAGUACAUCGCAAUUGACCAGUUGGACAUUCGAGUGCCCUUCAUGUAUUAGAACAGAUUCCCUAUCAGGAGAAUCAGAUGUGUUCAGUGUAGUAAUUUUGAGGCUGUCCCAGAGUUUUCCUCAGAUCUUUCCUAGGGAGGAAGUAGUCAGUCAGUCAGUCAGUCAGUCACUGCACUCUCCAUGGCAUCAGAGGAACAAAUAUUUUACAAGUAGGAGUAAUUAGAGAAGAAUUCAUAGCUGCUUAUCAGGAAAACUGAAGCAUGUUGAGGGCUUGUGAUGCCCCUGCAGCUGCUUAUGUGAGCUAAAGUGCCUUUUAAGCCCGUACUGUCUCUUCAAAAUUGCCUGACUUUUGUUAGAUGUUUGAUUAAACUUCUACAAAGCAGAAAAUUGCUCAAAAGGAUUCACAGGAGUUCUGUGGUCUCUGUUGCCUUUAUCCUACUUUGUCCAUUUUGCCUGUAUUAACCUGAAUUUGAGUGUUAUUUCUCACUGUAUGACCAUUUCACAGGUAGUGCCCAUUUGCAAUAGUGUGUUUCAUGCCUUCCACAUCUUCCAGUGUUGCAUUAGACAAGAUAUAAAACAAACACCAACCCACAGACAUUUACUAGAUUUCAAGAUGAUGCAGCCUUUAAAUUAUUCUUAACAGCACACUCCCAUUUUUAUAAGCCUGCUUCUCAUAUAAACUGAUAGUUUAUUCUAGGGGUGUGUGCACAUACUCUUUUUACUGAGAUUGGUGUGAAAAAAAUAAGUUGACUGUCCCAUGGGAAAGUGAGUAGUGUUGACAGCUCUUGACAUAAAACAUUAUGGCACCUGGAUGGGGCCUUAGGGCUGAAACUUCUCAUGCCUAGGGGCAGGGCUUGCAGAAAAUGCUCUGCUCACCUGAGCAGUAGACCUGUUGCAUGUACAUACAAGUUCUGUGCAACAAGCAGUGCUGUGAAUGCAAGUUCCCCUAGAUCACUGUGCAAUCCAGACUACAACUUUUCAAGAAAGCAGGGAAGAAUUUCUCUGCAGAACAGAUAACACAACAAAAUGAGCCAAGCUACUUGGUGUGCGUCAAGUCACAUAUAUGGAUUAUAAGGCAAAGGGAUUUGUUGGAAAUCUAUAAAACUCACUUAGCAUAGACCUUAACUGGCACAGUUCAUUUUGGGUGGGUGAGCAAACUGUGGAUGUAGCUCCUGGCCAGAGGACUGAGGGGGCAUGACGGGGACUGCAGCCACAACUGGCUGUGCUAGGGGUGUGGGACCUAUCACAUGAUUGAUUGAUUCAGUCAAAUGAAUCUCAAAGUGGCUUACAACCAAUAAAUAACCAAAACAAAAUAAAACAUAAUAGCAUAUUGCAAAUACAGCAUACAUCAUAUAAAAUAAUUAACAAAUUAUCAAUAAAACAGUUUCAAUUUUUAAAAAAAUUAACAAAACAGCAACUAAAAAAUAAACUUCACAAUUACGGCAAGUCGUGUAAUUAACAAAUCAAUGCGGCAUUUAGAAUCUAUAAAAUGAUACUAAAAACAUUAACAAAAUAGCAACUAAAAAUAUAAGCUAAGCAGUAAGUUCAUUCACACAAUCUCUGCCAGCGGCGUAGCGUGGGUAGUCAGCACCCGGGGCAAGGCAAGUAAUUUGCGCCCCCUAACCCGGGGCAAGGCAAAUAAUUUGCGCCCCCUAACCCCUAACCUGCCACCGCUGCCAGCUUCUUCUUGCUGCUGCCUGGGCUGGUCUGGUGUGGUUCUCUCCCGCGCUCAGUGCUGCGCUGGGCGGCCGCUGCACUGUCCCUCCCCCAGAUAGUCCCUUGCUCUCUCUCCACACCGCACGCCUGGCACCCACCCCCUCCACAGUGGGCGGCGACCCAGCGGCUUGGAUCGGAUUCGCACAGCCAGCACUGCAGUGAGAGAGUGAGUGAGCCAGGUAGGGGCAGAGAGCUGCGAGUGCGAGCGCCCCCCCCGAUGUUGCGCCCGGUGCGGCCGGCCCCCCUGCACCCCCACGCUACGCCACUGAUCUCUGCACCCCCAUGACUCAUACCCUUUCCCCUUUAAACAAAAUAAAACUGUACAGCAAACCAACAAGACAAUACUAAUUGAAAUAAUGAGAGUUACAUUUAUACUAAAACUAAACUAAUCCCCAGCCCCGACAAAUGUCCAUCCCACCCACAAAGCGCAAAAAACAACAUUUAAAACACCAUAAAUUAACAAGUAUUUUAAACAUUUAAAAACUUUUAAAAACAUUUUUUACAUACUCAGAGUAAGUGUGGGUCCUGCACCCUAGGCCAUGUGAAAAUGGGCCUUGCAAGCAGGGAGCGGUCUUCCUUCCACACUCACAGCAGCAGCAAUGUCCCGGUGGCCUCCUAGGAGCCAUUUAGCUGAUCAGGGAGGGUAGGCUAACCAGCUAGAGAAUAAGAUCUAGCCAAAUAGCAUCUGUCCCUGCUUUUGGUCUUCCUUCUAGACCAUGGAAUUCUUGGUUCCUUGUUAUCUACCCACUCUCUGUAUGAUUCAUUCAAUUCAUUCAAGUUAAUUGUUGUGUCCUUUCUCUCCCAUAAAACAUACAUCUUGCAGGAUUAGAUCCUAAAGAAAGAAGCUAACCAGUCAUAUGAUACUGAGACUUGGCUUGUAUAGUGGCCGGAGUAUCCAACUAGGACCCAGAGGACCCAGGUUCAAAUUCCCAUUCAUCUAUAUUGCUCAAAAUGUGACCUUGGGCCAGUCACCAUCUCACAGCCUUACCUACCUCACAAGGUUGUUGCAAGGAUAAAUUGGGCAGGGAAACCACACACUGAGCUCUCUGAAGGAAAAACAGUAAUCUAGUGAAAUAAUGUACAGUAUCAACAUAUGGAGGUUGGGCAGGGAGGUGGAACAGACAUGGUCCACAAGGGUAUCAUCUCACUCAUCAGACACUUAGUCUAGCAGAGCAGCUUUAUUGUGUCUAUGUAUCUAGUGUUCUUGGGACAGAAUAGAGAUUUCUGUUUGUCUGUAAUUGAGCUCACAGAAAUGGUCCUGGACCCAGUGUUGGAAAUACCCUGAGUGUUAGUCCUGGAUGAGAUUUCAAAAUCCUUACUAUGGUUGCUUGUGGCUACUGUGACAACCAUGGGAUGUCCCACUGUGUUUCUGGCCCUAUGCAAGUUGCUGGUAAUAUAUCAAUAUGGAAUUCUGUAGCAGUCAAGAAAAGGGACAGUUUGUGAGUGGAAGACACCAAUCACAAACCUUUUGUGAUGGAUAGUUGUAACAGUGGGUUGGAAUGGAACUCUUAGGAUUGGCGAAAACCUUUGCAAAGAUAAGGGGCCAGCUAAAAUUUCUCUCCCCCAGAGGCUUGCUGCAUUCAGGAGGAUUCCAAACUCCCACUGGAGUUUCCAGCUGACCUGGCAAGCUCUCUUGCUCAAGAAGUUUAAAGAUGCUGAAUUGACCUAGUCAAGUGGCACAAGUAUUCUCUCUGGGACUGUGGUUUACUGCACAGCUGCUAGAAAUUAAGCAAGCGAAACAAUAGCUAGAGCACAGGAGGUAGAGAACCCAGAAUGAACCUGGCAGUUUUAAAGCAAUCUGGACAGAAAAGUGGUCCUGUUGCUGCAUUGUGUCUAAAGCAGGCUUCCUCAACCUCGGCCCUCCAGAUGUUUUGAGACUACAAUUCCCAUCAUUCCUGACCACUGGCCCUGCUAGCUAGGGAUCAUGGGAGUUGUAGGCAAAAAACAUCUGGAGGGCCAAGGUUGAGGAAGCCUGGUCUAAAGUAUUCUGUGCAACAUAACUUUUCAUACUGGUUCAUAGCCCCGGAUGAUUCCCUGCAGUCAUCAAUUAGUCCUCUGUGACUUAUUUGCAAGGCAUUUUGAGGAUAAAGUUCCUUAUCCCCCCUCCAAUAAGGGUUCCAUAUUAGCUGCAUAACCUUUUGCUUUAUUUUAAUAAAUUGUGCUCCCAAUUUUAUAAUCACUUUUGUCUAUAUCAGUUACCUUAAAAACAAAGUGCAUUUUUAAUUGAAAGCCCUCACACUUCUUCUUCUUUUAUGACUGGAUAUUAUCAGAAAUCCUCAUGCUUGGUAAUUUAUUAUUACUGUUCUACCUUUCAGGAUACAAAUCCUUCCAGGGUGGUGUAAAAGUAACGUUAAAAUACGUUAACAGCAGCAAUAUAUAAAAAAUCAUUGGGAUUGUUACCACAGGGCAGUUGGUGGUACAGUGGUGCCCCGCAAGACGAAUGCCUCGCAAGACGGAAAACCCGCUAGACGAAAGGGUUUUCUGUUUUGGAGGUGCUUCGCAAAACGAAUUUCCUAUGGGCUUGCUUCGCAAGACGAAAAUGUUCCUGUGGGGUUCCCCCCCCUUUUCCCAAGCCGCUAAGCCGCUUAUCAGCUGAUCCUAAGCCGCUAAGCCGCUUAACAGCUGAUCCGUUAAGCCGCUUAUCAGCUGAUCCGCUAAGCCGCUUAUCAGCUGAUCCGCUAAGCCGCUUAUCAGCUGAUCUGCUAAGCCGCUUAUCAGCUGAUCCGCUAAGCCCGCUAAGCCGCUAAUAGCGCUAAUCCGCUAAUCCGCUUGCUUCGCAAGACGGAAAAAACCGCAAGACGAAGAGACUCGCGGAACGGAUUCUUUUCGUCUUGCGAGGCACCACUGUACAUGGGUCCAAUGGGGAGAGAUCAGCUGGAGCAGGCUCAGGUCUUCCUCCUUCUCUUGGGAUCUUUCACAUGGUGGCAAAUGGCCCUGACUUCUGAAUCUAAAGGGGGAUGGAUGGUGCUAAAGGGUCUAUUGAUAGCUUCUUGCCCAAGGGCCUAAUAGAUAGAAGACUUCUUACAGAUUUCUCAGAGAAUGAAUUUUAAUGCAGUUGAAUGAAAGACUAGCCCUUUCCUUAAUGUCAUUAAAUAUUAAGACCUCCUUAAGAGCUUUCAGCAAGGAAACAAAUGGAACCUUAAAAUUUAACUGAUUGUUAAUUUAAUUUAUAUUAUAGGUUUUAAUCACAUUGAGUCUUAUUUUUUAAAUUAAUUGAAACAAGAUGUUUUUUAUUGAUUGGCUACAAAAAUUAAAAUGAAGUGCUACAUUUGUAGCUUCAUCUAGCCUGAGAAUACAAAACUGCACAGAUUUGUUUAUGUCAUUAUGUUGUUUGACAUACAUCUGUUCUGCUUCUUAACACACAAAAUAUUUUUCAAAACAUGUUUUGUUUACUAGAUAAUUAACAUUUUCCACAUGAUGCUGUGUCAUGCUGGGGCAUUAGAUUCAUUUAUAAUAUUGCAAGAGAGAGAAUUUGGGAAACAUUAGUUUAAAUUGUAAGUUGUGUGGGCACAUUAUUACAACCCCCCCAAUUGCUUUUAGCAACAUAGCAAGCAUUUAUUUCUUAUACCAGUACAUUGGAUAAUGCAACACCUGUUCAUUGUAAGUAUAUGAAACUUUGGAACAAUAGUUAAAGUGUGUCCAAUUUUCCAUCUAAACUUCUGGGAUGAAUUGUCAAUAUCUUUGAGGACAUAGAUUCCAUGGACAUGAUAUUGACAUGAUAGAUCUCCACAAUGCACCCUGCAGUAAGAACAAGAACAGACUUUAUUCUUUUUCAUUAUUUUUAUGUCUAUACUCGUAUUUCUGUUGUAUAUUGUUAUAAUAAUAAAAAUGCACUUACUGGCAUGAACUGGUGGGACCAUUUGGGGACCCCUUGACUUGAUGCUGGUUGGGGAGCCUGUAACCUCCCGAUGCUGAGUUCUACUCCCAUUAUCCCUCACCAUUUGCAAUGUUGGCAGGGGCUGAUGGAAGCUAGAGUCGAACAACCUCUAAAGGGAAGCAGGUUCCUCAUCUCUGUCUUAAUAUGCUUUCCAAAGGCUAUAGUCCUAAAAUUCUGCCUUCAAGCGCUCUCCCCAAUUUUCCUCUUCCUUGUCAUACCACUUGUCUAUUGCUGUUCCAAACACAGCAGAAAAUGGUUUGUUGUAGCAGCUGUCCAGUUAGGGUUGCUUUCUUCCACAGCAAACAGCUCUGCUUUGGCUGCCAUGCCUCUGAUCUUGAGUCUUGCCAUAUUCUCAUCAUAUUUUUUUUGGACAGGGUUCGCUAUUGUUUCCCAUGAGAGUGUGAAUGAAGCCUAAUCAAGAGUGAUUUUAUCAAAUUCAAAUGUGGCCUUUAAAAUACAUUUAUAUUUGCAAGGGAAAAUCUCACAGAAACAAGCCAUAAGACAAAUGCUCAUCUGAGUUAGUCCAUAUCAGGCUUCCAAGCAAUAAGGAAUACUUUACUACAUGACAUAAAAAUGGGCAUUUGUACCCACAUAUAUAACAUUUAAAUGAAAGGAGAGCUAGAUUGCUUUGGAGUAUCACAUAGUUUCUUGGUGUGAGUUCCUACUUGUUUCUUUAGCCCCAUUGAAUUUAAUAGGACUUCCUUUUGAGUUGUUAGUAAUUAGGAUUGCACUGUUAAGUAUCGUCCCCCCCACUAUGUGCUAUUGCUUGGUAGGUGCCCUUUUAAAGUACUCUUGCACCAUGUUCUUGAUUGAAAAGUAAUUCACUCUGGUUAUGCACCACAACAGCAAAAGUGGCAUCCUGUUAUCGUGUUACAAGCAAGUGGAAUGCCAAACAAGCACAUUAUGAGAGAUGGAGAACAAAACUGUCUAGCUUUUUCCGUUUGCUAUGUUGUCACUAGGCAGCAGCACAUAGUAGAUGGGUUUUUAAAAGAGCAUUAAUGUCAAUUUUCACAGUGAAAGAUUAAAUGCUUACAUGCAUCAUCUGAUAAUUGGCUGGCUAAAUCCUACCCUUGUUUCAUAGACUUAACAUGGUACAUAUUAACUGGGUCACUUUGUUGUUUAUGAAAUAAUUGUUAAAUUAUCUAACCCGGUUAGAAAUAUCCAAGAAAGCUUGGAGCACCUCAGCAACCCGGUGCCCAAACAACCCCUGGCUUCCCAGCCUGACUGCAGGUUUAGAAAAAGGGGGUAGGGUUUAUCCCUCAAUUGCACUGGGCUUUGAACAGGAGCUUGUUUGUGUUGUGCUAAUAGGACAGAACAAGAUAUUUUAAUUUCUGUUUCAAUGGGUCUUCUGUACCACAUAAGAAAGGAACUACUUGUUUAUUAUACCAGAUAGGACAAGUUUAGAAACUUUAGGAGUUUGAAACAAUUGUUUGUUGGUUGUUUUUUUCAGAAGACCUGUAACAUUAUAUUCUUCGUGCUCUGAUUAAGAAACAUCCUUUUUUGUUGAAGUAAUCUGAUCUGGAUAGAGUCUAAACCGUUAUAGCUUGCCCCACAUAUUUCCUUGGCCUCUCUCAGCCAUGCUACUGCAGAGGUGUGUAACUUCUAGGAAACUGAGUGGGAAGAGAUUUGAGAAGCUGGCAGAAAGGUGACUCAGUACCCUUGUCAGAAGCUUGCUCCUCAAAAUAUUUUGAAUCUUACUGCUCUGUUAAUUCAGUAAGUGGCAGCAGUUAGCAAUUCAUUAUUGUCCCAGUGGUAAAUCUUGGAUGCUUAAGGCACCAUUUAAUUUUUUUUUUAAUUGACUUGCCUAGUGACUCUAGGGUACUAGGAUAAGUACUCACAUAAGCCCCAGAUACAGACAUCUUCCUUCCGAGAGAUGUUAUUUAAGAAACUUGUUUACUCUCAUCUCUCAUUUGUGGCUUCAAUUUAGAUCAGUGUUGUUUUAAAUAGAUUUUAGUUGGCUGAUUGACACAGUAUUCAAGAGUCCUUUUUUCACUAAUGCCCCCCAAACUUUGAUUUGCAUGUGGAGUAACUUCAUAUAGGUGAAGGUGAGAAUGGAUUUCUGUACACAUACACUUUCAAAAAAGAUGUUCUUAAAGAUUGAGAAGACCCUCUGAAAUAGAAUGGGAUAUGGCAGUAGACAUUUUUUUGGGGGGGUGUUUUUAUUUUUGCAAAUUUAGGUACUCUGACUUGGCAUAAAUAUAAAUAUUUGCCUGUAAGGCAAAGUCACCAUUGGAUAUAAUCACUUUCAUAUUCUGCUGCUCUUAUUGCUGAUACUUUGCAAUAAAGGAAUUUGUUUUGCUUCUGUUAAACUGAAAUAAUUAGUUUGGAAUCCACAAUGUAAUUCUAUUUUUUUUUUCUUUUGCCACAAUAGAAUUAAUUCAUAUAGUUAUAGAUAACGUGGCUAUAUUUUAAGGCUGUAUAAAUGAGUAGUUGUCACUGAAUUCAUUGCAUUAAGUGCUUCUGGAUUGGCUUUUGAGUUUGAGCAAAGACUGGGACUGGCAUUGGAAUAGGUCUUGGAUAUUAUUCAGUGUUUAGGAAUGUUGGAGAACUGGUUUGUUCUUAUUCUUUGUACUUGCAUGCCCUAAAGGAGCAUAGAUGAAUAGUUAGGGCACUAAAGGAAUAAUUCUUCUGCAAAAUCUGAAUUAUGCUUUCUUACUUCAUAGGGAUGUGGAGACUUAAUUAAUAUUUUGUAAAAUCUGAUCUUCAGAUAAUGAAAUGAAAGAGCAAAAUACCCAUUAGGAUGACUGAAGCUUGCAUUGGAACACACAUUUGUAUUUUUUUCUGGACUGUGUUCAUUAUAUUCGAAUAAGAAACAUGCUAUAUAAUGGAGGUCCAGGAAGCAAAGGCAGUCUCCAAAUGCUUUUCAUUUGGUCCCCAACAAUAGCCCCCAUCUGAAAAACUAAUGGACACACCAUUUUGUUCUACCAACACUUUUAUCCUAUAUCAACAGAAAGUAAGACACUGGCAAAAGGCUUUUUAAAAUACACACACCCAUGUGAACAGCAAGAGACUUUAUAGUAGAACUCUCCUCUUAGUGUGUAGUUUAGGUGCUCACUCCCAUGUGUAAGCCAAGACACAAGACAGUAGUGGUAAACAGCUGUAGGUUGUCUGUAGCCUGUCCUCUCUGCUGCGGUAUAACCCUAUGCAAGCUGAUAUCCCAAGUGUUCUGACUGUUUAUCCUGCUUGAAUUAAGAAUUCCCUAACAGGGAGGAAGUUUUCUCUCCUCUCUCCACCUCCACCGUUUAGUUCCGCAAACAGAUUAUUUUCUUCAUGGGUUUUUCACUUUUAUUUGCUGAUUUUUUGCACAUCUGGAAGAAUGCGCUGCCUGAAUUAAAAACAUCUAGGUAACAAGCGACACUGGGAAAUAAAAAAAUAAACCUUUGAAAGAAUCUUAAUCUUCAUCAUAAUGAACUGAAUUUUCUGUCUGCCAUCUCUUCCAUGUUCAACAGUGAUUUAGGAACCAUAUCUAUAAUACUGAAUAGAAAACUAUCAUUUGUAAUUAUUUAUCCAGAAUAGAGCUAGGUAAAUAACUGGCUACUUUGAGAUUUCUCUGAGCAUGUGUGUAGCAAGAGAUACUAUAGCCCAGCCAUAGGCAAACUCCGGCCUUCUAGAUGUUUUGGAACUACAAUUCCCAUCAUCCCUAGCUAACAGGACCAGUGGUCAGGGAUGAUAGGAAUUGUAGUCUCAAAACAUCUGGAGGGCCAGAGUUUGCCUAUGCCUGUUAUAGUCUCAUCAUAUAAAGCUAUGUGUAAUGUCUUAAAAUAUGCAAGUUUCCUGUUCUAGGAGUAUCUCUAAACCUGACCAUGGUAAUGCUUCUUAGCUGCAAUGGUUAGAUUCUGGUUGGGAUUUUGUUUUGCUUUGUUUUGACUCUGGUCCCGAGUUUCUGGUAGGAGGUGAGGCAAUGCUAAUCUUGGCAGAAGAGAACAAAACCAAGUGAGUAAUUAAGUGAUGCAAGCCUUUGAUUAUUUUUCUCUCUCCCCUCUCUCUCUCUGGCACAGCUAGGCAUUCCAUUUGCAAGAGAAGGAACACUAGAAGAAACUGCUCAAGUUCUACGCAGGACGUUAAAAGAACUUCAGGAAGACCUUUUUCUGCUCGGAUUAAAGAACAUUAUUCUUGA